AGGAGCGAUUACUUUGAGGAGAGGGGGUAGGAUUGGCUGCAACUCAGAGCUUUCCACAUUUGAUCGGGUCUUUUCAUCCUUUUCCAAGACCCAUGAAAAGAGAAUGAUUGGAAAAGCGAAAACAAGGCUCUUUCAUCACGUUCGCAGUGAAGGCACCUUCCUUAACCCAUGCGCACAUAUCUUACAUGCGUCUUUUUGUUGGAUGCUAAUGAUCAGAUAGACUUACAUUCCAAAAGAUCAGGAUCUGGCAACCCAACACCUGUGUUCUCUGGCAGGACAGAUCUUGCAAUCUGAUCUCUUCCCUCAGGAAGAGGGAUAAUUUGGUUGAUGGCGCUAAUAAUUUCUGCCCUGUUACCAAUCCUGCUCUAGCUGUGUCGAGUUUGUGAGAGUCAUUCCUCCGUCAUUGAUACCAAGAAAGAAGACGUCAUUUCUUUAACAUGUGGGUGUUUCUCCUGCCUUUGCUCUCUCCUGCUUUUUGUGUCUAAGAAUAGUUUUCACAGAAGCUGAACAUCUUUAUGAUAGGGCUUUUUAAAUGCACACAUAGUGACCAGACCACACCUGCCAAUCCCUGUUAACUUAAAAAAGGGAAAGAUCAGAUUUGAGAUAACAUCCAGAUGUUUUAACACAUUCAAUUGAAGCUAUGCGCUUCUGAAAAUUCAUGAAUUUGACAGAAUCUUUCCUAUUUCCACUCAGGUUUUUCUUUUUUUUGUUCCAUGUCUAUCUCUGUCUGUCUUUGUUUCUUUCUGGACCUUUUGUAUUAUUUAUGCCCCGCCCCCUCAGUCACGCCGAGAUCUAGAGUUUCACUUGUGGGGCCAGAUGACAUAUUAAGACUCCUUCUACUGUCCUAUACAAGGAAGGGUUCAGGCAGAUACACACCUACAUGUAUCCACACAUGCAAACACACACCAGCACCCACUUUGGCUCGUUCUCACACACACAUUUACUCAAACUCACACCAUCUCUCUGAAGAGGACAGAGUAAAGAGUGUUUAAUGUUGGUUGAGAGGACUUGUAGUAAGCAACAGUAGCUAUUGGAAUCCAGAAGAAGAAGCUCCUUAAAAUCGGAUGAUUUGGACAAGAAUUGUUUUUGCUUUUUUUCCCCCUUUUCGACUGCUGAAGAAGAGACCUACUGAUAGGACACAAAACAUUUGAAGACUGCAGACCUUGGACAUCCUCAUUGCCGGUUCUCACUGAAGUGGAGGGGUCUGUAAUGGAGAGCUGUGUUGGUGAAUCAAUUUGCUUAUACUGCCAUAACGAUGUAACUUUAUGUCCAACUCCUUGGAACAAAGAUGGAAUCACAGAGGGGUAGCGCUUGAAGUGGAAUAACAGCUCAAUAUUUAGUGUGUUUUAAUGUUUCACAUCGCAAAAUUGCAAAAAAAAACAAACACUGCAGGAGUUGUACUAAGUAGAAAUUAGCAAAAUCAACACCGCAAUAUUCUUUGUUUCAUUUAACAGCAAGGGGAAUUUUAAUUACCUUCUCAAUACCGUUUAGGCAUAACUAGAUAAUUUUUACAAAAAGGUCUUCUGAAAUCGGAGUCAUUGAAAAAUCUGAACCUAAAAUAUGGGACAGGGUGAUGAUGACUUAGAUUAGCAGAAUAUUGAGAAGCCUUUUGAGAAGACAGACAUUCAGAAUGAGUGUAAUGUGCCUUUACAGGCAAAAGAAAUGCUUCAAACUCGUCAAAAGUUUGACCAACUUUAAAAAAAACUUAAACAUAAAUUCUUUGCACUGUUUGCAGUAAGCUUUAAACUGCACCUGAAAUGUAUCAAAGUUUUCAAAACAUUUUUAUAUGCUAGUAUAAGUACGCACCUUUAAGCGUGAGGCUUUUAAAGGGUGUUGAAUUAAUUGUGAACAACAAUUUCUCAGUGUUCACACUGACACUCUGUGUCUGUAUCUGGACAGUAACCUUCAUGGGGACCACAGUGGUGAAGUUCAGAGCUGUUUUGGCCCAGUGCACCUCUCCUCAGGGUGAUUUCAAACCUCUGUACAGUUCCAUCAUCAAAUCAGGUCAGCUUCUUUAAAUCCAGUACAGGAGGCAUGUUGUGUCCAUAGUCGUUCGUCAAAAUGCCUGGCAAAAAAGAUACUAAAAAGGACACAAAGAAGGGAGGAAAACCAGAACCAGAAAAAAAGAAAGAGGAGGAAAAGAAAGGCAAGGAUGACAAAAAGGGAGGGAAAGAUGAGAAGAAAGCAACAAAGGAUGAAAAGAAAGGUGGGAAAGAUGACAAGAAAGGGGGAAAGAAGGGAAAGGAGGAGCCACCCAAGGGAAAAGAUACAGGAAAGAAAGGAAAAGAUAAACAAAAAGGCAAAAAAGUAGAGUCAGAGGAGGAGGAGGAGGAGGAGGUAUUUAGUGACGAGGAGGAGGAUGAAGAUUUUAGUGAGGACGAAGAUGAGGAGGACUCAGAAGAUGGCAGAAGGGGAAAAGGAGGUAAGGGUGGGAAAGGGAAAAAAGGGGGCAAAUCUAGACGAGGACAAGAUUCUGAAGAAGAUGAAGAAGAUUUUGAAGAGGAAGAAGAUGAUGAAGAUGAAGAUGUUCGAGGCAAGUCAAAAAAGAAAGCUAAGGAUGGUCAACACAAAGGAGGGAAAUCUGAUACCCAUAAGAAAAAAGCCAAAAAAAAAGAGGAACCUCCCCCAGCCCCAGUUAAGGAAAUACCCAAGAAGGGUUUGAAGAACAUGUCCACAAUGUUCUUAAAGUUUUCUGGUUUCAAGAGGCGCAAGAACAGCGUGAAAAAGCUGAAAAGCACGUCCCGUUUGUUCCUUGGUUUGGGAAGGAGAAAGAGUCGACUUGCUAAGAAGAAACGGAGAAAGUCUAUGAUGAAGAACACUUCCCGAUUUAUGAUGAAGUUUCAGGCAAGCAAAAAGAACAAAAAGGAGAAAGAGGCCAAAGAGAAUGGUGGGAAGAAACACAAGUACAUGCUGCUUCGUCUAGGGGGAUUAUCUAAUGAAAAAAAGGGUGGCUUCUUCAAAGGUUUGUUUAAAAAAAAAAGUGGAACUGGACCUACGGAUGACUUUAAGACCAGCAGCACCAUAUUGGGGAAGGUUGCUGCAGCAGCUAACUGGCUAACUAAACGUUUUAUCUUCAACAAAAUGCGAGGAAACUCAAGAAAUAUUGGUUGGGGGAGUGGUGGAGGAAACAACAGACAAUCCAGCUCUAGACAAAAUAUCCAUGGCUAUUAUAACAAUGGCUAUGAACAUGGGGAGGAAAUGUAUGGGUAUGACUAUCAAGAUUUAGCCUACCAGAAAGGUUAUGGAGGAUAUGAUGACGGUUAUGGUGGGUAUGAUGAUAACCCAAUGACCUCAUAUGGAAGACAGGAUCAGUUUGGUUACAAUGGUGCAGGAGGAACUGAUUAUCAAGACCUAGGGUAUUAUGAGGAAGGUGGACUCUAUGAUUUAAAUGCAGGAUAUUAUGAAGAGGGUCUUUAUGAUGAUGAUAUGGGUCAUUAUUAUAACCGUCAUUCAUCUCCUCAAGCAUUGUAUUACGACCAGGAAAUUGAUGACUAUGGUUAUCAGCAACAACCAGCAAUGUAUGAUGAACAUCUGGACUACUAUGCACCAGUGGCCAAAGGUUAUGUCUAUGGAGGGGGGGAGGGGGGAUUCAUGGAUUCUCAGGCUGAGGUGUAUUAUGGUGAGAAUGGUCAGGAAGUUUACUAUGAAAAUGAACUCAUGGACCCGUAUGAAAGCUUACAAGAAAGUUUUUAUCAAACCCCUCAUACAUCCUUCAUGGGGAUGCAAGAAGGUUUUCCACCAGACUACCAGUUUACCUAUAAUGAUAGUGGCAUGACCUACCAAGACUUCAGCUCACAGCAGACAAGUGGAUUCCAACCAUCAAGCCAGCGUGUCUAUGGCUUUGAAGGUUUUGAUGGGCAGGAAAUUGAUCAGGAACAGGGAUUUUACAGGGACCAGUACGAUGCCCAGGGGAAUCAAUAUCGGGAAGAAACUAGUGGGUUUCAGGAAGGGGACAUUACCUUUAGGGUUCCUAGACCUCAAGUGCGGCUGUUUGGGAAAGAGCGUCUAGAUGUCCCCUUGCCUCCUCCACCUACAUUUCCACCUGAUCCUGAAUUUGAAGACAUGUCAGACAUCCAGUAUGAAGACCAAAUUCCUGCUCCAGGUCUGAAUGGAAACAUGAUGUCCCUACAGCAGGUAGUAUCAGUCACAUCAAGAAAUAUUUUGAUUAUAUCACAUUAUUUUGGUUUUAACCUCCAAUUUUAACUCUCAUAAUGUCCCCACACCAAUAGACGAUGCUGCCGCACCAACAAAUGAUGCUACCACACCAACAGACGAUGCUUCCGCAACAACAGAUGGUUUCACAACAACAGCAGAUGAUUUCACCACAUCAGCAGAUGAUUUUACCACACCAACAGAUGAUUUCACCACACCAGCAAAUUAUCUCACCACACCAACAAAUGAUUUCACCACACCAACAGAUGAUUUCAGCACACCAACAGAUUAUUUCACCACACCAACAGAUGAUUUCACCACACCAACAGAUGAUUUCACCACACCAACAGAUGAUAUCUCAACCGCAGCAAAUGAGUUCCCCACAACAGCAGAUGAUACAAAUGCAAGCAAUGUCACCUCAAGGAAUGAUGGUGUCCCCUCAAAUCAUGUCACCACAAGAGCGGAUAAUGUCACCUCAAAUGGUGACACCACAAGAUCAAAUGAUUCAACAACAGAUGUCGCCACACAUGAUUUCUCAUCAGGUAAUGCUACUUCUAGUAUGCCAACACUUUUGAAAUAUGCAAUGUAAAGCUAAGUGUUUUGGCUUUUGCAAAAACUCUUUUUGAUCUUUGCUGGAAAAAUUGGUAGGAACCAAAUUUUUCUAACAAAUUCAAGUGGCCUAAGUAAGAACUUAAAAUAAAAAUUAAGCAUCAUAAAAAUUCAGCAUCAUAAAGCUUUGAGAUGCAUCUGGAGCACUGGAACUAUAAUUUCAAAAAACAGUGGUAUUUGCAUAAUGAAUGGCACCCAGAACGAACAAUCAAAUAACGAUGACUGCUGUAAAUGCCUGCUAGAACAAACUUGCAAUACAUAAACUGAACAACCACAAAAAAUAUUCAAUUUAAUUUAAAGAGAAAGCACUUUGUCCCCAAUUCAGUGUUAUUUUCUUUCUUUUUUUUAAUGUGAUUUAUUGUCAUACUCUGCUUCGUUGAUUAUUUUUACUGGUGUUAUCCCUCUUUAUUUGUCUUCAUUUUUCCUAAUUUCUUUUUUUUUUGGUGUCACAGCAACGUGUCCCAUUGAAGCCUGUGGGAAAUCAUGUUUUGCUUCACAAACACUUUGCGCACCAAACUCAAAGCCAGAACAAAUUAAAUUUAAUGCGAGGUACCACUCUUUGUUAAAUAGGUCCACUAAAAAAUAGACUUAAGAAAACAAUGAAACUUUUUUUCCUGAAACUGGCAUUGUUUUUAACUUGUUUUUAUCGUAAAACCCACAGAUUGAUAGGAAACAGCAUUUAAAAUAAACUGCAUAAAAUAUAGCUUUACUUUGAUCUGUAAUGUGUAAAAAGCUACAGUAGUUACUGUUUCCACAAUGAUAGUAUGUGGUUACAGAGAAUAAAUGUGUUGCUGGAGACUAUUAGAGCUGUUUUUUAUUAGACCAUUUUUUUCAACCUCGAGUUGCGAACUGUUUUUUUUUUUUUCUGUUUUAUUUCUGUCAUUGGCCAGGAAAAGUUGAUCCAUACAAUCCCACAAAUGAAAACGAUUUUUUUCAGUAACUACUUGCCAGGAAAAUUAAGUGUAAUUUUUAUCCCUUUCUGCAUUACUAUUAGGUUUUACUAAACAAGUUUUGUACCACAGGUGAUGACAGAUCCAAUGGGAAUACCACAGCAGCAGAGUUAUGGACCUCCCUCAAUUCCAACACCAACUGCUAUGAUUAUAAAGCAAGCAAACAUGUCUCCACUUUCUGUCCGACGCAUGCAACUCUCCCCCACUCCAUCCCGCCGCUCUGUCAUUAUGCCCUCUCCUCAGAUGCAACGCCAUCCUUCUGCUGUGCCUUCCCCUGUGCCCUCUCCUAUGGUUGCACGGAGAGGGAUCCCCUCACCUCAGCCUUCAGUGAGGAGUGGAUUCCUUAACUCUCAAAGACCACCUUCUGUUAUAUCUCAAGGAAUCUCCUACAACACUUCUCCUAUGGCGUCCCCGUUGGUUCAUCGUAAAAUGCAAC